CCGGCGGCCCCUGCGCUCCCGGGCGGCAAGAUGGUGGCGCGCAGGAGGAAGCGCGCGGCGCGGGACCCGGAGGACUGUAUCCCCAGCCCACCGGGCUACGCAGCUAUUCCAAUCAAGUUCUCCGAAAAGCAGCAGGCUUCUCACUACCUCUAUGUGAGAGCACACGGCGUUCGACAAGGCACCAAGUCCACCUGGCCUCAGAAGAGGACUCUUUUUGUCCUCAAUGUGCCCCCAUACUGCACAGAGGAGAGCCUGUCCCGCCUCCUGUCCUCUUGUGGCCUCGUCCAGUCUGUAGAGUUGCAGGAGAAGCCGGACCUGGCCGAGAGCCCAAAGGAGUCAAGGUCGAAGUUUUUUCAUCCCAAGCCGGUUCCGGGGUUCCAGGUAGCCUACGUGGUGUUCCAGAAGCCAAGUGGGGUGUCAGCGGCCUUGGCCCUGAAGGGCCCCCUGCUGGUGUCCACAGAGAGCCACCCUGUGAAGAGUGGCAUUCACAAGUGGAUCAGUGACUACGCAGACUCCGUGCCCGACCCUGAGGCCCUGAGGGUGGAAGUGGACACGUUCAUGGAGGCGUAUGACCAGAAGAUCGCUGAGGAAGAAGCUAAGGCCAAGGAGGAGGAGGGGGUCCCUGACGAGGAGGGGUGGGUGAAGGUGACCCGCCGGGGCCGACGGCCUGUGCUCCCCCGGACUGAAGCAGCCAGCCUGCGGGUGCUGGAGAGGGAGAGACGGAAGCGCGCCCGAAAGGAGCUGCUCAACUUCUAUGCCUGGCAGCACCGGGAGAGCAAGAUGGAGCAUCUAGCGCAGCUGCGCAAGAAGUUCGAGGAGGACAAGCAGAGGAUCGAGCUGCUGCGGGCCCAGCGCAAAUUCCGACCCUACUGAGCCGCGAGAGCCGCAGUGGAUGGCUAGAGGUGCAGGGCCUGGAGAAACAUGAGGCGAGGCAGGGCCUGCAGCCAUCUCUGAGAGGCCGAGCUCUGGGAAACGGGCCCCAGGUUGAGGCCACCACGUACAACAGCCCCAUGAGAGUCCACACAGGCCAGGAGUAAGGGCCAGGCCACCCCUCGGGUCUUGGGCUUCAGCAGUCCUGGGGACCUGGGCGUGCCCAGAGGAGGACUUGCCCCUUCCGCAUCCUGCCUCCACACCCUCCUGUCAAGGACCCUGGAUGAAUCUGCUCUGUUCUCCCUUUUCCCUCAAUGGAAAAGCCCUUGAUGGUAACGAAACAGCCUCGAAAGCAGUGAGAACGCGAGAAGCUUUUAUUUUCCACCCAGUUGGGCAGCAGGGAAAGGCUAGGUGGCCCCAGCCUGCCCUUCCUCCCUGCAGCUGGCUGGAGAUUAUUAGCCAGGAGGCAGCAGCCCCCCGAACCCAGACUCUGUCUCCCCCUUGAGGUCACAGAUGUUGAAGUUGGAGUCUCACUCCUUCCCCUGACUACACCCUAGGCUGGGCGUCAAGACCAGUGAGGCAUGUCCCCACAGGCCUGGCCUUGUUGCGGUCGUCAUAGUUCCAGGCCCAGAGCUACAGCUAGGCUGUGAGCAUGUGUUUGUGCUGUAAGAAGGAGCUGAUGAUACUGGCCACAUGCUGGGGUUCACUCAUGUGGACACAGUGAUUGCCUGGGACUUCCACAAACUGGAACCGCUGGAGAAAGGAGAGGGUGUGUGGUGAGGUGUGGCCAGAGGAGCCUAGGGAGCUCCAUAGGCCUUGGGGUCAGGGCCCUCCCAUAGCCUUCAGGCUCCCUGCAGGGCAGGAGCACCUCCCAUGGUGAGUUUCCCACACACUCAAUGCCUUGGAGCCGGGUCAGUCCAUAGCACCCCAGGAGGUGUGUGAGCCCUGGGGACUUGGAGGCCUCCCAGCUGAGUUGUGAAGUUGCAUGGCAGGGACAGGGCGGGGCCGAGGCCAGGGUUGCUGUGAUUGUAUUAGAGGAAGUCCCUGUGAGAAAAAAUAAUCAGAUGGGGGCGUGAGCAGCCUGCAGACUUGUGCCUGCCUUCAAGAAGCCAGACAGGAAGGCCCUGCCUGCCUUGGCUCUGACCAGGUGACCAGCCAGCCACAGGUGCGCUUCCUCCCUUUGUGACAACACCAGGAAACCUGCAGAGGCCCCAGGGUGAGGUGUUUGAGGGUAAGUGACCAUGAAUCACCAGGUGCUCCCAGGAACCCGGGCACAGCCACCCCCACCUACAGCCAGCACACCCACUGGCGCGAUGGGUGCGGAGGGAAGAGGCAGCCAGAUGUUCUGCUGUGGUUUGGGAGCCUAUAAAAUGUGAGACUAGGCUGGGCAUGGUGGCUCCUGUCUGCAAAAGCAGGACUUCGGGAGGCCGAGUCGGGCAGAUCGCCUGAGGUCAGGAGUUUGAGACCAGCCUGGCCAACAUGGUAAAACCCCGUCUCUUAAAAAUAUAAAAAUUAGCUGGGCAUAGUGGCAGAUGCCUGUAAUCCCAGCUACUCAGGAGGCUGAGGCAGGAGAGUUUCUUUGAACCCGGGAGGCGUAGGUUACAGUGAGCCAAGAUCUUGCCCACUGCACUCCAGCCUGGGCAACAGAGUGAGACUCCAUGACUCCAUCUCAAAAAAAAAAAAAAAAAAGUAGGACUAUUAGCUGGGCAUGAUGGUGUUCACCUGUAGUCCCAGCUACUCAGGAGGCUGAGGUGGGAGGAUCAGUUGAGCCCUGGAGUUUGAGGCUGCAGUGAGCUAUGAUUGAGCCACGGCACUCCAGCCUGAGCAACGGAAUGAGACCCUGUUUCAAAAAAUAAAAACUGUGGGCCUG